AUGUCAAAACCAAAAGUCUUCGUCCUAAACCCCUACCACCCAGAAGCAAUCGCACUUCUCCAACAAUCCCCAGAAAUCGACUGCGUCCUCCCCGACGACGCGAACAUCUCAAAUUGGCACGACCAAGCCCACGGGAUCCUCAUCCGCUCAGACACAAAAAUCACAUCCUCAGACAUCUCCCAUGCCCCAAACCUCAAAGUAAUCGUAAAACAAGGAGUAGGAGUCGACAACAUCGACCUCUCAGCCGCCAAAGAACACGGCAUAAUAGUCUGCAACACCCCAGCCAUGAACAGCGAAACAGUAGCCGAACUCACCCUCACCCUAGCCCUCUGCAUCGCGCGAAGAAUUCAAGAAAUCGAUCGAAAACUCCUCCGGGGCAAAAAAUUGAUCCGUUCAAACCUCCUCGGACAAUCCCUCCAUGGGAAAACUCUUGGAAUAAUCGGAAUGGGAAAUAUCGGGAAACAAGUCGCGAGAAAGUGGAUUGGAGCUAUGGAAGGGAAGAUUCUCGCUUAUGAUCCCAUGCUUCCUAAUGGUGCGUGGGGAGACAUCGAGCAUAGAAGAAUCGUAGAUUUGGAUGAAUUGUUAAAGUGUGCGGAUGUGGUAACACUACAUGUUCCCCUAACGGAUACAACCCGCGGAAUGAUAGGAAAGCGAGAAUUCAAUCUGAUGAGAAAGAACGCGAUUUUUUUAAAUUGUGCUCGGGGAGGAUUAGUCGAUGAGGAAGCUUUAUUGGAAGCAUUGGAAGAGGAUAAGAUUUUUGGCGCGGCGUUGGAUGCGUUGGAGAUUGAACCCCCGACGUUAAAGGCUUAUAAUCAAUUGCUUGCUUGUGAGAAUUUUGUUCUUACGCCACAUGUUGGUGCUACGACGGAUGAGAAUCAGAGGGCGAGUGGGAUGGUGGCUGUGGAGACUUUAUUGGCUGUGUUGGUUAAUGGGGAAGAGGUUACGAAUCGUUUGGUGUGA